UAAACGCCUGUAUGCAGAAUGACAAUAAUAUAACUUGUUUCGCAUGCUAAUAGUUACAAAGCUAUUUACUUGGUAGUGUGCCAAGACAGCUCUGUUCGUUCGGGAAUUCAAAGUAACAAGCUGUAUGGAGUUUUAUCCGAAAGGGCAUCACCCAGCUUCCCUUCGUUUAUGGCAUGAUUCUGAUGUUGAACGUGAUGUGAAGUACUUUAAGAGUUACGAGUUGGAGGAUCUAUUGGCUGUUCCGUGCAUGGUUGACCACACAUGCACAUCGCCCCGCUUGUCUGCCAGGAUGAUCCCCACCCCCGCCUACUCACACGCUGGGCGUGGCCCCUUUGCUGAAGUGUAUGAGCCUGCUGAGGACUCUUUCCUGUUGAUUGAUGCUCUGGAGCAGGAUGCUAAUAGGCUGCGCCUUAUCAGGCCAUCUUUGUGUCUGGAGGUGGGCAGUGGCUCAGGGGUGGUGUCUGCCUUCUUAGCUUCAGUAAUUGGACCUGAAGCUUUUUACCUCUGCACAGAUGUGAACCCGGCAGCAGCGCAGUGCACUCUGGAGACAUCCAGCUGCAAUGCUGUCAGUCUACAGCCCGUUGUCACGGACCUGGUGGAUGCUCUGCUCCCACGGCUCUGUGGAAAGGUGGAGGUUCUGCUUUUCAAUCCACCAUAUGUUGUUACCCCAUCAGAGGAGGUUGGUGGCAGUGGCAUUGAGGCUGCCUGGGCUGGAGGGAGGCGGGGCCGAGAAGUGAUGGACAGGUUUUUCCCUCUAGUUCCACAGCUGCUGUCCUGGCAGGGGCUGUUCUACCUGGUGACUGUUGCUGAAAAUGACCCAGAGGAGAUCAUCAGUCUACUGGGCAAGUCUGGGCUGCGGGGGGAGGUAUGCCUGUCUCGCCGUGCUGGGAGAGAGAGCCUGUUCAUCCUGCGUUUCUGCAGAACCUGACCUGAACCACCCUACU